AUGCCCAGUAAUACAGGUCCAGAGGAGGAGCAGUAUAUGUUCAAUGAUGAAAGUUACAAGUCAGAUGUUUGCAAAAAACUUGUAGAAUUCUAUCUUGGAGGUAUUGGACUGAUCAAUGCAAAGCUCUGGAAGCUCGAUGUUGCUUUGAUUUAUACGACGCAUGCAACAUUGUUAGGUAGACAUUUAGCUGCCGGUGGUAUUGACCUGUACAAUAACAUUGAUCGGUUCAACUUAGAUGAAGAAGCGGGAAAGCGAAAUGUAGGCUUGCAAACGAAGAUUUAA